AUGGUGUUCAAGCCUCUUACCAUCGCUGCCGCGAUAGCCGGCCUCACUCCUUUUGUGUCCGCUUUCGAUGCCCAGGCAAAGUCCAACGUUGCCGUUUACUACGGUCAAGGAUAUGGUCAACAACGGUUGAGCCAUUUCUGCCAGGAAACCUCGUUGGAUAUCAUCAACAUUGGAUUCAUCAAUACUUUCCCUGAUCAGGGAGCUGCCGGGUGGCCGGGUAGUAACUUCGGCAAUCAAUGUGAUGGCCUGACUUAUGAAGUUGACGGCGUCUCAACGAAGCUCCUUUCUGGUUGUCACCAGAUUGCAGAAGAUAUUCCCAUCUGCCAAGCAGCAGGAAAGAAGGUUUUACUGUCCCUUGGUGGUGCCUCUCCCGACAACCAGCAGAUUCUGUCAGAUGCCUCUGCUGUUCGGUUCGCCGAUUUCCUCUGGGGUGCCUUUGGUCCGCAGACGGAGGAAUGGGUGUCGAAUGAUGGUCCUCGUCCUUUUGGAGAGGUUGUUGUUGAUGGGUUUGAUUUCGACAUUGAGCACAACGGCGGUUUUGGAUAUGCGACUAUGGUCAAUCGGUUCCGAGAGCUUUUCGCUUUGGUCCCGGAGCGUACCUUCUACAUCUCUGGUGCCCCCCAGUGCCCGAUACCCGACCCUCAACUCAGUGAUGCAAUCGCCCAAUCCCCUUUUGACUUCGUUUGGGUGCAAUUCUAUAACACUGCUGGCUGUGCCGCUAGCGACUCCAUCAAUGGUGUCAGCACCGGCUUCAACUUUGAUGACUGGGUGGAUGUCAUCAAGCGUGGAGCCAACCCGGACGCAAAGCUCUAUGUGGGAUUGCCUGCCGGCCCCGGUGCAGCAGGAGCGGGAUACUACCUGACACCGGAGGAAGUCUACCCUCUAGUGGAUGUGUAUAUGAACCUCUACCCGGAGACGUUUGGAGGAAUCAUGCUUUGGGAAGCAACGGCUUCGGAUGAGAACACGUUCAGUGGACUCACAUUUGCCGACGUGAUCAAAGACAUUCUGGUUGCAGUUGACCCUUCACCACCGGUUCCCAGCCCUUCGUCUAGCAGCGUUAUCGCCUCAAGCACACCUGUGGCCUCGAGUACCCCUGUUGCAUCAAGCGCUCCCGCUUCAUCCACCCCGAUUUCCUCAGGCAGCCCAGUUCCGUCAAGCUCUGCUGUUUCCAGCUCCCCCGCGGUUUCAAGUACUACCGAGUCUUCAAGUACUCAGGUGGUAUCGGGCAGCGUCUCUGCGUCGAGUAGCCCUAUUACAUCAAGCCCUGUGGCUUCCAGCACUCCAGUGGCAAGUAGCGCGCCCUCGGCUACCAGUUCCGCUGUGGCUUCCAGCUCACCUAUUGCCCCAAGCUCCCCGGUUGCCUCUAGCUCUGCUAUUGCCUCUAGCUCUGCUAUUGCCUCCAGCUCUGCUAUUGCCUCCAGCUCUGCUAUUGCCUCUAGCUCUGCUAUUGCCUCCAGCUCUGCUAUUGCCUCCAGCUCUGCUAUUGCCUCUAGCUCUGCUAUUGCCUCCAGCUCUGCUAUUGCCUCCAGCUCUGCUAUUGCCUCCAGCUCUGCUAUUGCCUCCAGCUCUGCUAUUGCCUCCAGCUCUGCUAUUGCCUCCAGCUCUCCUGUUGCGCCCAGCUCUCCUGUUGCGUCUAGCUCUCCAGCAGUAUCUAGCUCUGCCAUCGUUUCCAGCACUCCAGCGGUCAGCACUCCUGUGGCAUCCAGCAUCCCCGUUAUCUCUAGCCCUGCUAUUGCAUCUGGAUCCGCUAUUGCGUCUAGCUCUCAUGUUGCUUCUUCAAGCACCCCUGCGGCAUCGAGCAGCCCCGCUGUCUCGAGUUCUCCUGUGGCAUCGAGCAGUCCGGCCCUGUCAAGCAGCCCAUCUGCAUCUGCAUCAAGCACACCUAUCAUUCCAAGCUCGACUGCCAGUUCUGCCGUCGUAUCGAGCUCUCCCACUCCUUCAAGCUCCGUUGUGAGAUCAAGCUCUCUGCUCUCUUCCAGCUCACCGGCCCUGUCCAGCACUCGCACUCCCAGCAAUCCUGUUAUUCCAAGCAGUUCAGCCAUUUCCAUCACUCCUUCAAGCACGCCUGUCCGGUCAACUUCGUCUGUUGCCCCAGGAAAGUCGUCCAGUGCCCCUGUUAUUCCAAAGCCAUCUUCCACGGUCAUUGCAACUUUCACCAGUUCCUCUGGGUCAUUGCCCUCUUCCAGCGCUCCCGCUGGAUCCGGCGUUCCAUCAUCAUCUACCCUGCCACAUCCUUCUAGCACAUCGUUGCUGUCAAGCUCACCCGUUAGCUCCGCCGAACCGGUCUCUUCAAGUUCUGCUGUAGGAACCAGUGUGGGUUCCUCGUCCAAUGUGGUCACUGGGGUGUCGACCAGGUCAAGCUCGUCAGUUGUCCCCUCUGGCACGCCAAUCCCGCCAGUUUCGGGAACAGCCACCGAGUCUGUUACUUCUUCAUCAAGUGGAUCGGGCAGUCCCACCGUGCCAAGCUCAAUCAACACGUCGAGCACAGAUGCUUCAUCAAGCUCUUCCGCCUCUUCCGUGGAGCCUACUUCCUCAGGAUCGGUGAUCACAUCAGUGACUUCAUCCAGCGCCUCUCGUGUGUCAAGCUCCUCUAGCUCGGUUGUAAUCACCAAUCCAUCGGUGCCUUCCGACAGCUCGUCCUCCUCUGGUAGCGAACUGUCGACAACCUCGAGUACCGAGUCUACUAGCUCAGCAUCAAGCCAGACCGGAGCGCCAACGACUUCCGUUUCUUUGGGCAGCUCGGAAGCAGCCAGCACCUCAACCUCCGGUGCCGCUGCAAGUGGCUCGGGUGCUCAGGACAGCACAAAACCUACUGAUCACGCAAGCACUCUUUCCCCAUCGUACUCGACUCCCCUCGCCAGCGCCUCAGGACAAACAGGUAGCCCAACUACCGUUCCAGCUGGUAUACCAACCGGCAAUGGAAGUGGACUCGCUCCGAUCACUUCCAGCAUCACAUCUGCCCAGGCGGUACCUUCCGUCACAUCCAGCGGCUUGGAGUCGGAGCCGGAGCCUACCAUCACUACCACGGUCAUUGUGACUUCUUACAUUGACAUCUGCCCAGAAGGUUUCACUACGAUCACCACGACUUACACCACUACCUACUGUCCUGCAACGGUGUCUGCCACAGCCACAGCCACAGCCGCCGUCACCAACCCUCCCGGCGCUCCAGCGCAGACCACGAGUCCCAGCGUCCCUGAGGGCUGGACGACGACUGUGACCGUAUGCACUCACUGCGCUCCCACACCGACUACUGUGACCCUUACUUUGCCGGCCACCAAUCGGCCGUCUGCGCUGGCGUCCUCGACCAGCGCACCGAACUCUCCUGAAGACUGGACCACUACGGUCAGUGUCUGCACUGACUGUGGUCCUACGCCUACCACGGUAACGGUCACGAUCCCCGUCGGCGCUGCCACGGGUGUUGAUGCCCUCACUGCCAGUCCGUCCGGCAGUCAGCCUGCCGGGGAGAGUUCGCCCGGUCAAAGUGCCCCUACAGCCCCCGCGUCAACAGCCCCCACCACCACCGAGACAGUCAUUGUGGUCCCGAGCCAAUCGUCAACCAGCCAGCCGGUAAUUCUUGGAACCGGCAGCGUCCGUGCCUCAUCGACCUUCCAUAUCCAGCCAUCCCAGAGCGGGUCCCGAGUGCCUGUGGCUCCCAGCGGCACGGCCGCCGGCGUGUCGCCCGUAUUCACCGGCGCGGCUUCGCGGGUGUCACGACUGCAACACGGUGCGGGUGCAGUGUCAGCGUUUGCGCUGUUCCUCUUGGCAGCCAUCUAA